AAACGGAAUAACACGUUAUUUCUGCUACGAAUGGGUUCUGAAAAAAACAAAGCCCUUUUAGGGAUCUUCGCACGCUUGCUUGUACUUUCCACCGGGAGAGGGGCCGCGGAGCCCGAUGGCGCUGGGGCAGGCUGGCGCCGAACUUAGGGCACGGAGCCUGCACGCUCUGCCAGGUGUGAGCACGGCGCUGCACGCCGGGCUUCCGAAUCAGUGCUGCGUGCUCGCUCCUCGCUCUCGGGGAUUCCCCUCCUUCCCCGCUCGGAGGAGGGGCAGGGCUCGGCCACCGCCAGGACCGAGCGAAAUGCCGGCGGGAGCCGCGCUGCGGCUGCGAGGGAGGAGGAGGGCGGGAGGAGGAGGAGGAGGAGUUGAGGAGCCCGGGCCCGGGAGCCUCCCCGCUUACCGCACUAGGAAGUGACGCUUUCCCUGAGUCCCGGAGAGAAAGAAACAAAGUUUUUUGUUCUUUCCAAGUGUCAUUGCAAUGCAAGAUGACAGCUAAGAGUCUGCUGCGAAUCAUGGAUCUUUAGUUUUCUCAAGUGUAAAAGCAAUGCAGAGUAUCAUAACACCUCAGUAUAUCUGGAGAAAAGACACAUUAUCUUCUGGGAAUUAUGGUAUCAGAACUGGCACUGUGCUUUGUUUGAAGGACCUACACCUAAGUGGACCCUACUGACCUGUGAACAACGAGGAAUAACAGUGGAAAGAAGUGUGAGAAGCACACAAAGAAAAAGGAAGUGGAGGCACUUUCAUUGGGACUUCUUUCCUGCCCUUUAUUACUAAUACUGAAUGGAAAAGAGAGAUUUAUGUGCCUUUAUUCCCCCAGCCUCAGGGAUGGGUGUAUUAUAAAUACGGUGUGUGCAGUUGGAAGAAUAGACUGAAUCAUGAAUCUUCAGGCACAGCAAAAGUCUUCAACCAAAAGGACUGGGAAACGAAUGACUUAUUUUAAUGAGCAAGAUAUAACUGUGUCAUCAAAAGAGCCACAGCAGCAGCUUAAAGAAGGACAGUAUUAUGGUCAUGGAGGGAAUAUUCCAGCCUCCCAAACUAUGGAGAUUCCUCACACAGCAGGAUUAACAAGUGCCCCCAGCAAUGUUGCUUUGAUGAACUCAGUUUACAGUCAAGAUAGGGGAGAAUCAAUGAUGAUGUCCCAGCCAGUAACAGCUGUCAAAUGGCAGAAUUCUCUAAUGGGAAACAGGUUGCCAGAGAGAGGUGAUGCCCACUGGCAAUCUCCAUCUGCAAUGUGGAACCACAGUAUGGUUUUUGGAAGCAAUCCCAAAGGACCCCACACCAAUGCAGGUGCCCCAGGCUUCUAUGGUCACCCAGAAGCCCUUAAAAGAAAUCAAGAGAAAGGUGUAUUUGUGUCUCAGAUGGAUUUGUAUGAAGAUGCAGUUCAACAAAUGAUGUCCCAGAAGGCUCAGCUGGAGCAGCAAGCUCUAGUUAGACAGCAAGCACAAAUGAAUUCCUUUCAUCAGAUGCAGAAACAGCAGCAGCAGAAUCAAAGUCUGCCAUUACAGCCUUUUCAGCUUGCAUUUGGUCACCAAGGCCAGAAGCAAGGACUUCCUGAAUUAUUGCAUGUCUUUCAAGAAGCUCCAGCUUCUUCCACUCCAGCAUUUACUGCUCAACAAAAACAGCAAGCUCUUCCUCAGCUACAACUGUUUGAAAAUUUCUAUCCUCAGCAGCAGCAACAGGCUGCCACACAAGCUUUUGGUCUACAGCAAACUACUUCCAUAGCACAGCCUCAUGUUGCAGCUGCAGCACCUCAGCAUCACAUGAUGGCACACCAGUUUCAGCAAACGGAGAGGAACCAGGAACUAUUCAAGGCUCUAACAGAGCAGAACCAACAGACUGUUCUACCUCAGACCCAGAUUCCUUUUCCAAGAAGAUCACGGAGACUCUCCAAAGAAGGCGUCCUGAUGACAUCUACUGGAGAAGUGUUGGCUUCCAAGCAGGCAGAAGAACAAUCCGGCAAUUUAUUUCUCCAUCACUGGCAAGCGCAUCAGCAAGAGGUCCCAGUACAGCAGCCGCUUGAGUCACUGACCCAUACCAAAAGCAGCUAUUCACAUCCCAAGAGAAUGGAUCAGGGGCAGAAGGAUGUCCUGGCCAACAGUGAACCAUGCCAGGUAGAAACAGACGGGCACACCAUCGCUCAGAAUGGCAGAGAUGCAGAGAAACAGACAUUAGCAGCAGAAGAAAACACUUCAAGAACUAAUGACUUUCAGGGUGUUAGAGGUGGUGUAAUACAGAGUACGCGAAGGAGACGGCGUGUUUCUCAAGAAGCCAAUUUGCUAACUUUGGCCCAAAAAGCUGUUGAGCUGGCUUCUCUUCAGAAUGUCAAGGAAUCAGAUACUUCAGAAGAGAAGAAAAGUGUGCUGGUAGCAGCUUCAGGACCUACAGCUGCUAAAAGUGUUGUGGAAUUUGCCAGUUCUUCACCAGCUCCCAAAAAAGCCCGGGAGGAUAGCAGCCUUGUGCCUCUUAUCAUUCCUGUAUCUGUGCCAGUGAGAAAAAUUGACUUGCAAAACCUUGAAAAAGAGAAGUCUGAGGAUGGGAAAUUCCAGAGAGGCCAAACAAACGAUCGAACUCCCUGUGAACGCAAGCCUUCUGUGAUAGUCACUCGGAGGCGAUCUAAUCGUAAUACUAACAUGGAAACCUCAAAUCAGCAUGAACAUGCUGUUCCAAAGGAUGAAGCAGAGGGCUUUGCCCGGAAACCAAAGCAGCGCCCAAGACCUGAGCCACUCUUCAUACCACCAAAAGCUGGCACCUUUAUUGCACCACCUGUUUAUUCUAAUAUUACACCGUAUCAGAGCCACUUACGGUCACCUGUCCGUCUGGCAGACCAUCCUUCUGAUAGGAACUUUGAACUACCUCCUUACACUCCUCCACCAAUUCUUAGUCCAGUGAGAGAAGGAUCUGGGCUAUAUUUUAAUGCUAUCCUCUCUUCAAGUGGGCAUCCCGUUCCACCUCCAAUGACUCCUAAAAGUGCUCACAGAACUCUGCUUAGAUCAAACAGUUCAGAGGUUACCCCUCCCGUUCUUUCUGUGGUGGGAGAAGCCACCCCGGUCAGCAUUGAACCGCGUAUAAAUGUUGGAACUCGCUUUCAAGCAGAAAUCCCUUCACUCCAAGACAGAUCUCUAGCAGCAGCUGAUGAACAUAAAGCAGAGCUGGUGUGGCAGCCAUGGGACGACCUGGAAACCAACAGAGUCACCCAACAGAAUGUGGAAAGCCUGCUAGCUGCUGCCUGCUCAAGCAUUUUUCCUGGAGGUGGAACCAACCAGGAGCUGGCACUGCAUUUCUUACAUGAAGAAAAGGGAAGCAUUCUGGGAGCUCUGACCAAGCUGCUAUUGAAAGGGCCAGUACGAUCACCUACCCAUCCACUGGCAGAUUAUCACUACACAGGAUCAGACAGUUGGAAAGUUGCUGAAAAGAAGCUUUUCAACAAAGGCAUUGCAAUCUACAAGAAGGAUUUUUUCUUAGUCCAAAAGCUGAUAAAAACCAAGACAGUGGCUCAGUGUGUGGAAUUCUACUACACGUAUAAGAAACAAGUGAAAAUUGGUCGGAAUGGGACCUUAAUUUUUGGGGACAUAGAUGUUGCUCAUGAAAAGUCUGCGCGAGAUGAAGCUGAAGUUGACAUCAAGAGUUCCCACAGGUUUGCACGUGUUCUUCCUCUCAGAAGGGACUUUUUCAGUGAAGAACAGGGGCACUUGGAAGAUGAAGAAGAGGAGGAAGAGGAGGCAGAGGAAGGGUUUGAUAACAGAAAGAAGAGCACGCUCCUUCUCAAAGAUGAACAGACACUACAAGAUGAUUUAAUAGCCAAUGAUGCCAAUAUAAGGAGUCGAGAGGCAACUGUUACAGGCAGAAUUGGAAGAAGGCCGAGGGAGACGACCAUGAAGCCUCGAAAGCUUAUUCCUGCUCCCGUGCAGAGAAGGCGGCGAAAACACAAGAUAAAAUCAGAUGUUACCAGUAAAAUCCAGAACACAGAAAACACAUUUCCAUGUAAAAAGUGUGGCAGGGUGUUCUACAAGGUGAAGAGCCGCAGUGCUCACAUGAAGAGCCAUGCGGAGCAGGAGAAGAAGGCAGCUGCACUGAAGCAGCAAGAGAGAGAGGCGGCGGCAGCAGCAGAGGCGGCAGCAGCAGCAGCCCACAGCCAGGCCCAGCAGGAAGAGAGCAGUGAGAGUGGGGAAAGCAGCAGUGGAAGCAGCAGUGGGAGCUCGGAUGAAGAUGGAGAAAUAUAGCAGUGAGCUAGAAAUGGAGGGAGUAGCAAGGCUGGACCUAUCACCCUCUCAGUGGUUUCACGUUUUUUUGCUUGCGCUUUUCUGACCUGAACCAUCAGGUCUCAGUUUCAGUGCUGCAGGCCUUCUUGUGCCACACGUUCCACUUCAUCUUGCCAAUACUGACCAAACCAGAGUGGCAGACAAGAAGAUUUUUUUCAGCUUGGAUUUAAAAAAAAAAAAAAAAAUUUCUAUUUAUAAUCGUAUCUGAGGUACACAAUUAAGCAACGUCACCUGCAGUGGAAGUAAGUUCUCUUGGGUCAGUAUGACCUCUCUUCUUGUUCUUGUCAGAAAUUAUGAUAACAAGAUUCUUGGAUAUAAUGGUUUCCAGACCAGAGUUAGAAAAUGGUGCUCUGCUCUGUGGUGACUGUAUCCAGUUACUGUGAUACUGGUGAUUUCUAGAUGCUUUCUUUCUUAGCAAGUUAUUCUUCCUGUUACACUUUCCUGCCUUUCUAAGCAUUUAUUCUGGCUGCCAGCAAGUUUUGUGGAAAGAUGGUGUGUGGUUUUGGCCUCUGUUUCACAAAAAUGCAAAGUGGGAUGAGCAAGAUGUGCUUCCUCAUUCUGAGAGGAAGUUUUAUUUUUCAACGAACCCUGAGGUGGUUUUCUUUCAUGCUAUUAAGAACUCAGCAAUGGGUGUAAGGUAUCCUGAGGGAUUUAAGUUGUCACAGGCCUUGUGGGUUUGUCUCCUAGUGGAAAACAAAAUAGUUAGCCUUUGAUUAACUUCUUGGAAGGUAGUCUGGGUUUCACAAGUGCAAUUUGAAAUGAAAACUGUUGGGUUUGACUUUGGUUAAAUGGGAGCAAGUUUGUUUUGUGAAAGUGAAUAUGGACCUUGUCUGCGUGUUAGACUGUGUGCAUCCCAGAGAUGGGAGGAAUGAACUCUCAUCUCUAUCAAGCUCCUUAAAUCUCCCUGUGAAUGGCUCUUACCUCUCAGCACAUCCAUUUAUUUCCUGUGGCAGCCUUCAUUUAUCUUCUGAAACUGUUGCCAUUGAGAGCUUAUAUUUGUGGGGCCCUUGUUUUCCAAAUACUUCCUGUCAGACAGUAUGUGACUGCAUAUGCAGGAGGCUUUUCACCUCCAUGCAAGUGGCUGGGCAGCCGUGCCUGCUGUGUUAUCCACUGUCGCCCCUUCGGCUGACUGAAAUGCUGACUUUUCCUUCACAACUGACAUGUGCUAAUGGCAAAAAAAAAAAAAAAAAAAAAAAGUCUAGCCACCAAAAGCCUGCUGGUAAAUGAAAGUUAAGAAGAUGCAAGAGGAGUCCUGCUGACAUAAACUGCACGGGAUUGGUCUGUGCAUCUCAAUAGCCCACUUCAUCAUUACUUCAUAAAGAUGUAGAGAAUCAGAUCACUUCCUUGCUCUUACAGUCGAUCUGUCUCAGCUCCCUGUUCUGGCUCCUUCAGUGCAGUGUGUGGAGGCAGCAAUUUCUGGGUGCCAAUAGCGUGUUGCAUCCCAUGCAUGCUGCUCCUGUGGUGCGUGGCCAAGCAGAGAUCUGGGUGGGUUACUGCACAUGAAGUGUGCUGAUUUAUUUUUUUUUUUAAUGAUUUUUUGUUUGUUUGUUUAUUUGGCUCUUCGGGCUGCUAGAUGAAUUUCAGGUAGUGUAUCUACUUGUCAAGUUGCCAAUGGAAAACGGAUCUGACUUAGCAUGCCAUCUGGUCCUCUUUUCCUGCUCCAGGUAGUUUUAUGCAACCAUGGUCAUGCUGUCCAAGUCUGGGAGGCUGUGUAUUGUACCAUAUUUUCUUGUCAUACAUAUGCCUUUUUAUAGACUUAACAGAAACAGUUACUACUCUUAAAACUAGUAGCAUUAUCAUAAGGACUGCACUUUUUUUCCAGUGUUGACAAUUCUGCCCAUCUGCAUUUGAUUUCCUACCAAUGCUGUAUUUCCAUUCCUAAUAAAACCAGGUGAUCCUGUCAGUAUAUUGGAAUGACUACUGCAUGUCCCUGGGUCUUGCUGACAAGACUAUGGAAGCAGAUGGCAUGUCACAAACUAUUACAAUCCGUUCAUAAACUGCAAAGAACUGAAAGCUACUUAUCGUUAAAGAGACGCUUAAGUGUAUUGGUCUUCCUAUUAAGAUUUUCAGUGUUAUUAUCUUUUUCCUUUUGUAAAUUGGAGAAAAAGCUUGUCUGCCGCUAUCCUGGGGCCCUCAGUGAGAGCUGAAGCUUUAGCACUGGCUGUGCCAGGACAGCCAGUGAAGCAACUGGAACUCACGGUUCACUUCUACUGCUGGGAUUAAUUCCAGUGUAAAGUGAUGAUGCAGUUAAAAUUCUGAAGUAUGUUUCUGGGAAGUUGCCAGUAGUUUCCAGAUCCUGAGACCUGCAGGGCAGAGCAUCAGCUCAGAAACAUGCAGGGCUUGUGGAAAAAAAAAAAAAUUAUAUAUAUGUAAGGGGUUUAAAAUAAUGUAGAUGCUGUUGUGA